AACACCCCACCCCACCCCCACAAACUUCUCUUGUUCAACAUCUCUCUCUCUCUCUCAAUUUUCAGAUUCGGAAGACAAAAAGGACAGAAGGAUGAAAUGGCGUCAUCAAAGAAUCCAUUCAAUGAUCAACCACAGCAUUACUCUUUCUCCAAGAAGUUCUUCUCUUAUUCUUCGUAUGCCCUCCUCCUAUUAGUCUUCCUUCACUUUUAUUUCAGUCCCUUCUCUUUCUCCCCCAUUCAUCAUCCUCAUUCUCCUUCCAACAACCAUAUUCUCAUCUCAUCAUCAAAAGGGGUUUUGGAUAAAAACAACAUAGUAAAGAAGAAAUCGUGCGAUUACAGCAAAGGAGAAUGGGUGCGAAAUAAGUUGGGGCCUUCGUACAAUGGCAGCACUUGUGAGACAAUCAAACCAGGCCAGAACUGCAUGGUUUCUGGCAGGCCAGACAGAGAUUAUCUCUACUGGAGAUGGAAGCCCAAACAAUGCGAACUUCCCAGGUUUCAGCCCGAAACUUUCCUUCAACUCCUCCGAAACAAACACAUCGCCUUUGUGGGGGACUCCUUGGCAAGAAAUCAGCUUGAAUCACUUCUUUGCAUGUUGGCCACUGCCUCGAAACCAAACCUUUACUACACAGAUGGAGAAGAGAACAAGUUCAGAAAAUGGUUUUUCGCUUCUCACAAUAUGAAUGUCUCAAUCUAUUGGUCACCUUUUCUUGUGAAAGGGAUUGAGAAGGAAAAUGAGGGGAGCUUCAACACAUUGUUUUUGGAUUCUGUGGAUGAAAGGUGGGCAGCAGAUUUGAAGGACAUAGACAUGCUUGUUUUGUCGGCGGGGCAUUGGUACUUACAUCGUGCAAUUUAUCACUAUGGAAACUCAGUCUUAGGCUGUCAUGCUUUGGAGAACUGCACCGAGAUUGGAUUCUAUGAUGUUUUUGGCAAGGCAUUGAGGACAUCAUUUGAAGGCGUAAUUCAGAGGAAAGGCCCUAGUGGGAGUGCGAUUUCCGUCUUUCUGCCAACGUUUUCGCCAGCGCAUUUCGAAGGGGAAUGGGACAUGUUAGGGGCGUGCUCCAAGACUCUGCCUUACAAGGGAAACGAGAAAGCUCUUAAGAUGAUGGAUGCAGAAAUGAGGAGAGUUGGAGUGGAACAAGUGAAAGAAGCACAAUCAAAGGCUGAGAAGUUUGGGAGUAAUGUAAGGAUAGAGGCACUGGAUAUCAGUGAAUUGGCUGUGUUGAGAGCUGAUGGGCAUCCUGGACCGUACAUGCACCCUUUCCCAUUUGCCAAUGGAGUUCCUCAGCGUGUGCAGAAUGAUUGUGCGCAUUGGUGUUUACCGGGACCUAUUGAUACUUGGAAUGAGAUUAUGUUAGAAUUGAUCAAGAGAAGAGCUGGUAAAUUGAAAGCAAAAACGUCAUAGUAAUUUUGUAUGUGUUGAUUUGAUGCUUGUUGGUGUCGGAGGGAGAUGAUGAGAUACAAAUGGAAGGAGAAUUCAUGUAGCCAAGAAUGUUCCAGAGUACGUGGUAAUUAAGAAUGAUGAAUUUGUCUGAAAGAAGUUUGAUCUACGUUGGUGAAGUCUAUGUACUUAGGGGAUUGAAAUCCUUAGAAGGGAUUUUAUUUGUUAAGAAUCCAUCAGCACUGUCAUUACAAAACUCACAGUACUACUACAAUUCCUGGUCCUGUUGAUUUAUAAUUUUUCUCAUCUUGAUUCUUUUAUAUCAGUUUCCCAUUU